AUGAUGGCUCGAAUAGAAUCACUGAAGAGAUUUCAGCAAGAUUCUGGUACAAGUAAUAUUGCUUCAACAGGACUAACCAAUGCAAAUUCUAAUUUACCUGAAGAAUCGAGAGUAACUCUCGAUGAAAUGGGCAUUGCACAUCUUCCACCUGUGGAUAAAAGUGUUGAUUUGGAUGGUGAUGGAGCUUUAAGUCUUGCAGAAGUACAAUAUGCUGCAUUUGUACAUCAUGGAUUAUCCAGUAAUAUUAUUGAGAGCCUUUUCAAUGAGGUAGAUAAAAAUCGUGAUGGUUAUUUAACAUCUCUUGAAUUCAAUGAUAUACGACCAUUAGUUCUUGCAAAAGCUGAAAGUGCUGCACAACGAUAUUUACAAGUACCGUUUAAUGCUGUAUUAAUGUUUAUCAUGAUUAUCAGCUUGUUAAAGACUGAUAAUGCUGUUGAUAAAGAUCAUAAUAGCUUCUUAUCACUCAGUGAAGCUCAAGAAUAUGUGCUCAAAGAAUACGGAAUCGGUAAUCGAGAUAUGGAGCGGAUUUGGCGUAUGGUAUUACCAAACACGGAAAUCGAAAUGGAUGCCGUGUUGUUCAGUAAGUUACGACGACGUAUACGAGGAAUGUCAAUUCGACUAGCAAAGCAAAUUAUGAAAAAGGCAGAUAUAAAUGAAGAUGGCCAUAUUGAUAAAAGAGAAGCUCAAAAAAUUGCAUUUGAGCAAGAAGGAAUCAGCGCAAAUGACGUGAAUGAUAUGAUAUUGUCAGCAGAUGAUAACAAUGAUGGCGAGCUGAAUGCUCCUGAAUUCGCUGAUUUUGAACGAAUUGUUCGAACAAGGGCUGUUGAUACUUCCAAAAAAGCACUCAAAGUGGUGGAUCGUGAUGGUUCUGGCACAAUAACAAUGGAUGAAGCAAAAAGGAUAGCCUUUGAUCAUUAUGGAUUUGAUGAGCAAAUUCUUGGGCCAUUUUUUGCGCAGGCAGAUGAGAAUGAAGAUGGCCAGCUCGAUGCUGUUGAAUUUGCUGGAUUCAGAUCGGUCAUUCGAAGCAAAGCUGUACAGAAUGCUUUAGAAACUAUGCAAGCAAAGCUAUGUAAUUCUUACGAUACUUUAAAAGAGAUUGAUAGUGAUGGGGAUGGAUUGAUUAAUAAUUCAGAAGCCGUUGCAAUGGCUCGACGACAAGAUGAUAUGGAUCCUAAGGAAACAUUUAAUUUAUUCGUUAUUGCCGAUCAGGAUAAAAGUGGAAAAUUAGACAAAGUUGAAUUAGCGGACUUCUUACGCCUCGUACGACUUAGUGCAAUUAAAUUCGCCACUGAUCAUUUCAAAGAAUUUGAUACCAAUAAAGAUAAACUGGUGACAAUCGAUGAGUUAGAAGAAUUAAUCGAACUGAAAUACAAAGUAGACCGAUCAGUUACACGGCAAUUCUUCGAUAAAGUUGACGUUGAUCAUUCUGCUGAUCUGACUCCUGGAGAAAUUGUUGAUUUUAGGCAUGAAAUCCGACGAUUUGUUACUGAGCGUGACUCUCGACGACCUUAUGAUCCAAACAAAUCUAAUGAUCAAGAUGGCGACCAUGAAAAUACUGAAGUAAGAAAUCAAGAACCUACUUCACCUCAUUCUUCUGAUUCAAACAACCAAAUACAGCAACAACAAUAA